AGUCUUCUGGAAACCCAUAGAAAAGGCUCUGCGGUUUUGUGUCGCUUGGAAUUUUGUUUUUGUUUCUGCAACAAAAAGCGAGAUAUGGCAGCAGAGGAGGGACAAGUCGUCAGUGUCCACACUGUGGAUGCAUGGAACGAGCAGCUUCAGAAGGGAAACGACACCAAGAAACUGAUGGUUGUUGAUUUCACUGCUUCAUGGUGUGGACCAUGCCGCUUCAUUGCGCCAUUCUUGUCAGAGCUGGCCAAGAAGCUUCCAAAUGUCAUCUUCGUAAAGAUUGAUGUGGAUGAGUUGAAGUCGGUUGCUCAAGAUUGGGCUGUAGAGGCAAUGCCGACCUUCAUGUUUCUGAAAGAAGGGAAGAUUGUGGACAAAGUGGUGGGAGCAAAGAAAGAGGAACUGCAGCAGACUGUAGCAAAGCACGUAGCUACUGCUUCUGCCUGAUUAUCAAGAUCUGCGUUAUAUUAUGCCUGUAGGAGGCACAAAGCUUAUGAUCAUCGCUAUAUAAAUCUAGACUUUUAUAUUUAACCUUUUGACUUGUACAAGUCUGGUGUGGUACUUGUGUUCUUUUCAUCUGAUUUCUGCAUAAAUACAUCUCUAUCGUAGCUCUUUUCACGGUCUGAAAGAAUUCUACUUGGUGAAUGUUAUAGUAUAAACUUUUUUACUUGUC